CUGAGCUGGGUUGCAAUUGAGGAAACAGUUGCAGCAUCUGUAGUCAAUGCUCUGGCUGCAUCAGUCUAAGGCAGAAGAGGGAGCAAUCACCCAGAUUUGAGCACAUUUUCAUUCAAAGCAAGACAGAGCCUAUUAAGCAGAAUCCUGUGUAUGCCUGCUCAGAGGUUAGCCCCAAGAGCUCAACUGGACUUACUCUCAGCUUAGGCAAGUAUUCAUCAUGGCUGAGGAACCUCUGGAAGUGGUCACUGAGUAUCUCUAUGAUGAACUGGCCAUAAUGUGUGAGAAAACAGACAUCCAGGCAUUUGGCAAAGUCUUUCUGCCAGUACUGUAUGCCCUUGUGUUCGCCGUAGGGCUGGUGGGAAACGGCCUGGUGGUUUUGACCAUUCUGCAAGGUGGGCGUCAAAAGAGCGUCACUGACAUCUUUCUCUUGAACUUGGCCAUUUGUGAUCUCCUUUUUGUCAUUUCUCUUCCCUUUUGGGCUUCUUACAUCGUAAAAGGUUGGACACUCGGGAACCUUUCGUGUCGGAUAGUUUCCUCUUUCUAUUCCGUGGGCUUGUACGGAGGGAUGUUUUUCAUCACUGUCAUAAGCAUCGAUCGGUACUUUGCUAUCGUCCGGGCAACGUGCAUCAUGAAAGCCAGAACAAUCCGACAUGGAUCUCUCACUAGCCUUGCAGUCUGGACCCUGGCCAUUUUGUUUGCAGCUCCCCAUUUCGUGUUCGUCCAAAAGAUAGAUAGACAAUGCACUUCUCUGUAUCCAGAACACCUUGAGGAAAUCUGGCCCAUUUUCACUUACAUAGAAUACAACAUCAUUGGUUUCCUUCUCCCGCUGUGCAUCAUGAGUUUCUGCUACCUGAUGAUCGUCAAAACCUUGAUGUCCUGCAAAAAUCACCGGAAAAGGAGAGCCAUGAAGCUGAUUUUAUUAGUGGUUGUUGUGUUCUUCCUAUUCUGGACUCCAUACCACGUAUCACUUUUUCUGCAGAUAUUGAGGCUCUCCGACUUCUUUCAGAACUGCAGCUCAAGGAGGCUUUUAGAUCACACCAUGCAAAUCACCGAAUCACUGGCUUUCAGCCACUGCUGCCUUAAUCCCAUCAUCUAUGCUUUUGCCGGCGAAAAAUUCAGAAAGAAGCUUUCCCGCUUGGCUCUCAGAUGUGUCUCGUUCUUUUUUUUCUGUGCGCCUUGCGAUAGAGCUCCCGUUCCCGUUCCAGAGGUCACCAUAACCAGCAACCAUACGCAGAACACCAGUGACCAAGAUGGCUCCAUCCUUCUGUGAUUGCUCCCUAGAGGACAGCCCUGAAGAAUAUUUUGUAUACUGAAUGCUAGCCUACCAUUUGACCUAGAUGUGAGUGAACAAAUAGGGUUGGGUCCAAAGAUCCGCUGUGACAUUCACACAGAGUCCCCGGUCGUUCCACGGACUAUUGACCCUGUGCCACCACGUCUAUUGUCUUCCACUGUCACCAACCAGGUUUCCCCGGUAAUAUAUUCAGACUCAGUCAGGUUGUAAUGUGUUAACAAAGAUUCCAGUUUAUUGUGAACGCAAACAAGUUUUAAAUACUUUGAAACACUGUAAUCCGAUUCACUCUCUCUUGUCUCCCCUCUGUCUCUAACUCGCUCGGACUCCUAUGCCUCCCACCCACAAGAAGCCAACCGAACUACAGUGGUGCCUCGCAGGACGAAUUUAAUUCGUUCCGCGAGUCAAUUUGUUUUGCGAAAAAUUUGUCUUGCGAAUCGCGGUUUCCCAUAGGAAUGCAUUGAAAUUUCUUUUUUUUUUGCCCAUAGGAACGCAUUAAUUAAAUUUCAAUGCAUUCCUAUGGGAAACCGCGAUUCGCAAGACAAAUUUUUCGCAAAACAAAUUCGUCUUGCGAGUCACCAUCAGAUCACAAGAUGCAUUCGUCUUGCGAAAAAUUCGUCUUGCAGGGCAUUCGUCUUGCGAGGUACCACUGUAACUAUCUAUUUCCGACUAUCUAAACCUCUGGCUAAGCCUUUUAAAAGCAGGUAGGCUCCACCUCUGGGCUUUUCUGUUGGUCUAACUAUUAACCCUUUCUCUCCCCCUGUACAGACAUUUCCAAAAGAACGGGCAAACGCCACAUCCGCCCAUGGGGAAAACGUCAUGGGCUUCCCCUGCGAAGGGAGCAAAAAGUACCUGUGUCCAAUUUUCUGCUCUCUCCCCCUUCUGCUCCUUGUCAGAGGCUCUGGAUCUCUGGGAAUUAUUCAUUGCAAGUUGGGGGGGCUGAGAGGAAAAAAGGGAGCAGGAAAUGUCACUUCUAGCUGCCCCCUUCUGGGGGCAGAUCUCUGGAUUCAUUUGUAUACAGUCAUACCUCG